AGCAGCCGAUACUACACGGUUUUGUAGGAUUGCUUGGUUGAUGGGCAUCUGGAUUUCGAAAAAGAAACAUUACUGUAGCACGUGCUAGAAUUUGUUUAAUACUUAAUUACUAAAAAAAGUUAUAAGGUCCUUAACAUGGAUGAUGAGUCGGAAACUUAUCGGAUGUGGAGAGUUCGGAAGACCAUUAUGCAGCUUUGUCACGACCGGGGUUACCUGGUCACUCAAGAUGAGUUGGAUCAAACAUUGGAGCAAUUUAAAAUCCAGUUUGGUGACAAACCAAGUGAACGGAGGCCAGCUCGCAGUGAUCUUAUUGUUUUGGUUGCCCACAAUGAUGAUCCCACAGACCAGAUGUUUGUUUUCUUUCCUGAUGAACCUAAAAUUGGAAUCAAAACAAUCAAAACAUACUGUCAAAGAAUGCAAGAGGAAAACAUUACACGAGCCAUCAUUGUUGUUCAACAAGGCAUGACACCCUCUGCCAAACAAUCCCUUGUGGAUAUGGCUCCUAAAUAUAUAUUGGAAUACUUCACUGAAUCUGAACUUCUCAUCAACAUUACUGAACAUGAAUUAGUUCCAGAACACAUUGUUCUCACACCAGAAGAAAAACAAGAACUUCUAGGCCGUUACAAGUUGAAAGAAAACCAGCUGAUGCGUAUUCAGAUGGGUGAUCCUGUAGCACGGUAUUUUGGUCUAAAAAGAGGACAGGUAGUGAAAAUUGUCCGUCCAAGUGAAACUGCUGGACGCUACAUUUCGUACCGUCUCGUCUGCUGAUACCCACGUGUUAAGUACUAAUAAGUUUCGUAAUUGACGUUCAAGCAAAAACCACUUCAUUUAAUGUGCGUUUCACAUUAGAUAAAAAAUAUAAUGUUUGGAAGAACU